AUGGGACCUAAGAGAAGCGGGCUCAAGAAAGACUGGGGGUUCCGCAGGAGGAGUGGAGGGGGGGGCCUCCUAGUGGGCCAAAGGACACAGAACGCGCUGCGGGCGGGGCGGGGCAAGGGAGAACCCAGACGCGCAGAGGCCCCCCGCAAGGUGACCUGCGCAGAGGGAUCGGCGUCUGCGGCAUUCGGUCCUGACCUGGGGGAAACACGGCGCCUGGUCAGGGGCCAGGACGUCUCCUUGAGCCUGGUGCGGCUGGUUGUCGCCAUCAGAUCCUACAAGGGGCGGGGAGGAGGGGGGCUGUACUUCUCUGCCCCGCCCAGCGGAGACGCACCUUCUGAAUCCCGGGACGUCAGCACCUACCCCACAUCCGGGCGAGGGGGCGCGUGGGCCACGUGGACCAUGGAGCGAGCGCGCGGAGCCCGGAGCAUGCCGCGUCCGCCGUGGCCUGGGGGCCCCGGGGUGCUCCGGCUGCUCGUUUGCUUCCUGCUGCUGAACAGCCGCCCGGGGGGCUGCAGCGACAUUAGUGCCAACGAUGGACAGGGCCAAGUGGGACUGGGGCAUCUCUGGCCCCUACAAGGAUUGACCACCCCAGUCUUCUGGCACUUGCAAGGUGUAUUUCAGCAGAUUAUUCCCCAAGGACUGUUAUGGAAGGAUGACAUCACCCAGGAUGUGAUGACCCAGAAAAUGGAGCACAUGUCCAGACGUCACCCCCCAGAGCCCUGCCUGAGGGAUGGGAAGGCAGCUUUUCCCACCAAAACCACCGGGAUGAGGGGCAAGCAACAGGAGAAACUUCGACUCUUAUUCCCCAAGAGCCCAGUGACCAAGGUGAACAGGGGUCCAUGUUUUACCUCCAAAUUAGUUCCGAAGGCCCUGAAACAAGAGGUGGCCUACCCUAUUAAGGGCUUCUUUGAACCAUUCCCCACUGUGGGCCACAACCUUGUAGCUGACUGA